AUGUCGUCACCUUCCACACCUUCAAUGGGCGGGCUGGCUCCUUCUAGUCUCGAGCAAAUAUUGCGCCUUAGGCACGAGAGGAAUCAGCGGACUCCAAAAUGUGCUCGUUGCAGGAACCACGGAACUGUUUCGGCUUUGAAAGGCCAUAAACGUUACUGUAAAUGGAAAGAUUGCAUGUGCGCGAAAUGUACGCUGAUAGCAGAGAGACAAAGAGUGAUGGCUGCUCAGGUUGCUCUACGACGCCAACAAAGUCAAGAAGAAAAGGAAGCUAAAGACCUCCAGAUACUACUAGGCGGAAACGACUUUGAUGAAAAAAAUGGUGGUUUAGAAGCAGAGUUCACGAGUGUACUUCGUUCUUCAGCUACCGAACUACUGGAUAUGCUACGAAAAAAUGAGCAACCUACGUUGGCCAAUGCACUCGACAACGACGAAGGGUCAUCCAGCGAACCUUUACCUAUGACACAAAAGAAAAACGACUCGAUUGAAGCAAAUCGGAGCUCUCCUUCUAGUCCACCAACCCACACUGAACAGAGUCCCACGUCGUCUUCGCCGAUGUCUGCAUUCCCUGGGCCGAUUUUCCGAACGGCCCCAUUUCCUAUGCCUCUAUUCAACCCGCUUUUCUACCAAAGAAACAUGAUCCGCUUUACCGGAGUUCCCACAUUCUCAUUUCCCGGACUGAUGCCAGCUAGCGGCGAUGGUUUUCCUUCACAACCUAUGGACCCUCUUUUUUCCCAAAACGUUCCCCUGGAUUUCUGCCAACGCAAGUCGCGCGAUGACUGA